AUGUCUUUGAGUGGUAUAGUAUCAAUACUCUUAGAAUUGCUAGGCUUAUACUAAGAUGGAAAAAGAGACGAAAAAGAAAAGUAAUCUCACUCUUUAUUUUAGGGAUUUUGAAAUGCAUGUUCUAAAGGAUUUAGAAUAUCUGGCAUCUACCCUUGAUACAAUAUCAAAUAUAGCCUUCAUUUUCUUGUUUUUGACCAUCUUUAAUUGUGUUAAACAUAGAUAACAUUAAAACAGAUAGGAUGGUUAUAGAAUAAUCCCUUAUAAUGAAGUAUGA